AUGACUUAUAUUGGUCAGAGGCACAUCGGUUUUUUUGGUCUCAUCGAGCACUUGAUUGCCUUCGCAGUGCCCACUCUAUGGUUUGAUCGUGACGAGGUUUUCGAUCGAAUGGCAGUUGCAAAGAAAUUGAAGCAGCACGUCUUCUCAGGUCUCUCUCCGGCCUCAUCAGAAUCUUCCAUUGUUGCAGAGGUGAAUACGGCACCGCCUUUUGACACUGAUUCUUCUGCUCCUUUAGCCUCACCUUCUGGGGAGCAAGAUAACUACCAAGCGUCACUAAAAAACGAAAAGAUUGUGCAAAAUGAAGCUAAUCAUAGUACCAAAAGCAAUAUGGCAAGGACUUCGCAGCAAGGAGCCUUGCCCUUGUUAAUCUUUCCUGAAGGCACGUGCAUCAAUAAUACGUCAGUGAUGAAGUUCAAAAAACGCUGCUUUGAGAUUGGGGCUGUUAUACAUCCCGUGGCUAUCAAGGUAUGGAUAUGCUUUGGUAAUCCAAUAGCACUUUGA